AUGAUUGCAUUUGAAUUGGCGGGUGCUCCUGAAAUAUUUAAACCCGAGAUUGCCACUUUACUAAAAGAGUUUGGUAUCGAGUAUCACAACUACAGUUUGAACCUGAAGGUUAAAGUUUAUGAUCUGAAAAAUCUCAUUGACACCACCAAAUUUGUGAACAAUACAGUGAGAUUGGUAUUAACUGCUCAAAAGUUUACCAAGUUUUCUUUGAAAGUCAAGAAUACAAAGAUCUUUGGUGAUACAAGCCAAUGA